AUGACCACUGCUGCGCCGACAUUAGAGCAGGUCGAGACGCAAAUGAAUCCCCAGCGGACCAAACAGCUGGCCGACAACCUUGCUGCGGUGGCUGCUCGUAUACAAACCGUCAACACGGCGAAUAGAAACAUCCGCCUCAUCGCCGUCUCGAAACUCAAGCCCGCCAGCGACAUUCUCACGCUGCACCGACUGCCGACCCCGCAGCUCCAUUUUGGGGAGAACUACAUGCAAGAGCUUCUCGAAAAGGCCGCUCUGCUUCCUCGCAGCAUCCGAUGGCACUUUAUCGGCGGCCUCCAAUCCAAUAAAUGCCUACCUCUCGCCUCGCAGAUUCCCAACCUAUGGUGCGUUUCGUCAGUCGAUAGCAUCAAGAAAGCCGAUCAGCUCGAAAAAGGCCGGAGAAGUCUUGUGGAAAAGGUUGCUUCAGAUGCUUCAUCCUCUUCGACUUCGUCUGCUGAGACAGCUCCCAUUACCGAAAAACUCCGCAUCCACGUGCAAAUCAAUACAUCCGGCGAAGACGCCAAGUCCGGCGCAAGUCCGGGCAAAGAAGCAAUCGAUCUCUGUCGGCAUGUCGUCGAAAAGUGCCCGCACCUCGAACUGCUCGGCGUCAUGACUAUCGGUUCCAUUGCACGAUCGCGCGCCACCACGGCCGAAACCGAAAACGAAGACUUUAUUACCCUCCGCGAGUCUCGAGAUCAGAUUGCAGACGAACUGGGCAUUCCUCGAGAAAACCUGCAGUUGAGUAUGGGCAUGAGCAACGACUUUGAGGGCGCCAUCUCCCAGGGAAGCGAUGAAGUGCGUGUCGGAACUACAAUUUUUGGACAACGGCCCACGAAUAAAGCAGACGCGAGAGUGGUAUAA